GGAAGGCAUUGCUCAAAAUUAGAUAUUUUUGUCUUGUUUUGGUCAAAAUUGGCGGGUUUUCGCAUUGUUUGCUCAGGAAAACUUAUUUUAGCUUUCAGAAGAGGAUUAGAAAUUCGGAAAGGUAUCAUUGCAUUCAUAAAAUCGCUAUUAAAUGUUCCCUGGUGCUUCUUCGACGGGCUUCUGUAAGUAUCCUGACAACUGCUCUUAAUAACAACCUUGAAUUUCCUUUUGUUGAUGAGUUCGUUGACUUUGUAUUUUGGUGUGCAGCAGGUGUUGAUGUUAUAUAAAUGAAUGUAUAUGUUUUUCCUCUUAGACCAUGCGCCGUUUAGUAAAGGCCUCUUGGUCUUAACCGGAACAGCUUCGUUCUUCAACAUCCUGUUUGUAUCCUCCACAAGACACUUGUUCUCAAGUAAUCCAUGGAUCCAGAUUGUGCAUAACUCAAAGGUGAAGUUCGAAUUUCAUUCUUACUUUUGAUGAUAGUUAUUUACUGCGGUCUUCAGUUCUGUGAGGUUAGUUUUCAACACACUGAUUGCAUCAAAGACGUAAGAUGGCCAGAGACGUUAUGAAAAUCAACGACUGUAGGGGAAAAAUUGGUAAAAUCUCCGCACAGCCCCAUACUAUUGUAAAACAAAUCUGUUUUCUCAAUGGCAAUGUAUUGUUUUAGUCCUUGUUUUCUCUAUUCAAGAACUGAAUACAUAAUGAAGUAUGGGGCUGUGCGGAAAUUUUACCGAAAAAUUUCAGUCUACUAAAUACUAUUCUCAAAUAAAGCCCAAGUCCUAAAGGGAAUCUAUUGUUUUCUUUAUCCUUGAGCUGCAUGCAUAAUGAAGUAUGGGACUGUGCUAAAAUGGAAGCUUGAAGCUGAGUUAUAGGCCUGACAGAAUCUAAAUCUGAUAAGAACUAUACUUCCCAUAACUGGCAGAAUCCGUACAUAAGUAAUCUUAUUUAAUGCAUUGUUUCAUACAAAUCUCAAGUAAUUUUCAAUUCUUUACUGAAGUCCUAAAAUUGGGAACCCUCUUCUUGUUUCAGUCACUUGUUUGUCAAAUCUUUUUAGCUUUAAGAUGAAAAUACAAGAGUUUUUACUUAAAUAAUCACUGAAUUGGCUAAGCCGUACUUUCCCAGCACUUUUAAGUGAGGUGGCCUCUCCCAUAAGCCUGGUAGCUUCCUGGGUCUCCCUGCCUUCUAUAGAUUAUAAUGCUGUCAAUAAUUUUUUUUUGUGUAAAAGGCAAAUGAAAUGAUGAUGAUGAUGAUGAAUCUUUAUUUUUUUCUCAUUUUUCAGUUAUGGCGAGUUCUGACCUCAACUUUUUACUAUUCAAGUACUAGAAAUUUGAUUUGUGGUUCAUUUCUUCUUUAUUCUUUCCGGAUCUUUGAGAGACGAUUUGGUUCUAAAAGAUAUGCAGUAAGUGAUAAUUAAUUGUUAUAGGGCUGAGUGGAGUGCAAUUCAGUCUGUAAUCAUGCAAGUGAUUAAAAAAAAAAUCACAAGUAUAAUAACAGAGAGAAUUGGUUGACAUUUAGGAGUCCAGUGUUACUAAUCAAUCAAUAAAUACACCUGUUAACUUGGUAAAAUGCAUGAGAACAGUAAAUGCAUAUGACAUGUACUGUCCAAGUAUACUGGCAUGAUGCACUUACUAUCCUCUUACACUGUCCAAUUACAAGCAUGACAUGUACAUAGUCCUAUUUGUGCUCAAAUCAAACUACUGAUAAUGAAUCACAUUCAAUAAUUUUGUUCUAGUUUCGAUUAAUAUAUUGAUUUUGAUGAGACUGAAUGAUUUAACUGGUAAUUUAUCAUUGGUUGUAGAAUUUUUUUCUUGUGUAUAGUCAAGUUACUUAUUAUUUUUAUCUUUACAGUCAUAUAUUUUCUGUACCUCUGCAAUUGCAAUUGGACUUCAACUUACCUCAGUAGCUGUUCUCAAACAUUUUGGACAUGAAGUAGGACUUCCUCCAGCAGGACUGUAUCUUUUUGUCUUUUAAAACAUGUUGUCAUGCUUAUGUUCCAUCAAAUUCUUUAACAUGACUUUAAUAAAGAGUUAUUCACUGUAAAGGAGGUGAAUAAUGGUGGAUAUUUACAUGUACCAAGCUGCAAAGCAUUGAGGUAAAUAUCCACUACUUUCACCAACAGUGACGUGAAGUAGUGUUUUAGUAUAUACGACACAGAACCAAAGAAUAGUUUAUUUCUGUCAAUGUGCCCAAAAAUGGUCAGAAAUGUACUCUUAAGAUGCAAUUUUUUUUCCUUCAGUUGCCUAUAGGGGAAUAGUACUUGCCAAUCACUUCCAAACUAGCCAAUCAGCCUGUCUGUUUUGGCUCAUGAAUAAAUCUCAUCACCAUAACUUAAGGGUUACCAGGAUAGCAUCUAAUAUCUCCUCACAAUAUCACCCCUGAAUCACACCUUACGCUUACGAGAAGAGAGGAAAUGAUCACCAGCUUAAGAAGCUCUUGACUGUUAAAACAAAUUCUCCUUAUCAGCGCCUUAGGAAAUGCACAGAGAACAGUAUGGAGAAUAUGCAUAUUGAUUUUAGGGUGUAAAGGGUUAAGAUUAUAGUAUUUUCCUUACAUGUCCUUCAACACUGACAGUUUUGGAGUGCUGUUUGCAACUCUUGUCAAGUAUUUCUAUGAUGUCCCAGCAUCAGAUGCUAUCACCUUCAUUGGAUUCCCAAUCUCGGGAAAAAUAUUUAUUUACUCCAUGGCACUUCAGGUAAGUAGUUUUCCUUUUGGUCUUUGCACCAGGUGUAAUUGUUUGCUAUGUACUGGUUUUGGGUUGCAUUAGGAAAACAGAAGAAUUCCCAAUUUCUUCCUGAUCUUUCCAGAUGAUCCUGAAUAUCCAAGAUUUUGUUCUUGGGGAAAGAUGUAAAGUUAAUUUAUUUGUUGCUGAAUUUGUUCAUCAUGGUUUUAAAGCACAAUCUUUAAAAUUAUUAUGUUAAAAGUCAUUCAUUUAUUUCUGUACAGAUGCUGUUAGCUAAUAAGGAAUCACUCUUGGCUGGCAUUUGUGGAGUGGUAAGUGUAGAAAAUUCUACAAGUUGUUAACCCUUUUUAUUUGGCAUAUACUGAGGAUUAACGCUAAGAAGUACUAUUGUUUAUGUCUCUGACUGGACGAACAAUGUGUUUUCACAGUCAUUUGCCUCCAAUCUUUGAAAUGUGUUUGUCAGUAAGAAAACCUGAGUAUGUAUGAAAUAAAAAUAGUAUACCAUGGAAAGUGCUUGAAUGAUUUUUAUUCACCUGGUGCAAUGCAUAUAAAAAGUUACUUGUUCACUGUGCUCACUUGUUUGUUUUUAUUUUUAUGCAUCACAACUCGUGAUUAAAAAUUGUUGGGCACUCUGCAUGGAAUAACCUUUAAAACUCCUGUGACUGACCAAAACAGCAUCUCUCUCUACAAUAUCAAUACAAUAUCAAGUAGACAAGUGAUGAGAAUAAAGAAAGAUAUAAAUUUAGAGGAUUGUAACCAAUGAUUUCAUGAUACAAGUCUUGAAAAAAUACAGUAAUAACAUUUACUACUAACUUGUACAUCCAAGAAAUACUAUAAUUAUUUGUUCUCCCCCUAUUUUACAGGUAGCAGGAUUUAUUUAUAGGUUCAACUUAUUUCAAGUUCAACAGUGGUUGAAGUUGCCAGAAUCCCUGACGUCAGCUGUGUCCAGAGCAUUUGGUGGAUUGUUUUCAACAGAGACUACCCCUACUCAGCCCUAUGCGAUGGGUGCAACGCUGGAAAUACAGAGAGCACAGCAAGUGGAACAUUAUGAGCAGCAAGCAAUGAGGGCAAGAAUGGGACAUCUUAGAAACAGGGUGUGUAUAUUUAAUUGUUCCAACCUUAUUUUUCCACAAAAUGUAGUCACUGUGAUCAUCUGAUGGAUCAAUGUCAGUAUCUGUGCAGCUGUGCACCUUUCCCUCUGCUUACCCAAAUACCAAGGUAGGGUCAAUGAUGUAAUGUAAAGCACCUUGUAACAGCCAAUGCUACAGUGUAGUGUUGGUCAGCAAUGAUAAACCUUCCUGUGUAGAAAUCCAUGUUCUUAUUUAUUGAGCAUCCAGCCCCUAUUCAGCCCCUCACAAGUUUCCACUGUAAAUGGACACUGUAACAUCAGUUUGUAUAUUCUCCAUUCUGUUCCCUAUACAUUUCCUAUGGUGUAAACAAGUAGAAUUUGUUUAUCAAUUAAGGGUUUCUUUAGAUGGUGACAAUUUUCUUUAUACCUGUAACCUAAAUUUGUGAUUCAGGGGUAUAAAUAUUGUAAGGAGAUGCUUGAUGCUAGCCACUCUAAGCAGGCAAAGGAUUAAGUUUAAAAGUAAUUUUUUAGUAACAUCUAUAUUUAAAUAUUUGAUGUCAUCUAGGGUCCUCCAAGAGUAGGCCAAGGAUAUGCUGAUGUCCUCCUCCCCCCUGGGGGAGGAGGCUGGCUUUGGGGAGGGGCAGGUGGCCAGCAGCCGCCACCCCCACCUCCACUGAAUAACUGGCAUGACAGAGGUGCUGAUGUAGACAAUGCUAACAUACCUCAGCAACCAACCGUGGAAGUGUCAGAAGAACAGGUUGGUAGAAAUUGUUGCUUUCAAUCUUUCAAUCUUUGAACCACGCAAGAGUCAGAUUGUGGCAAAUGUAGCAUAUUUUGCCGUAACUGUUUGCAAAGAUAAGACAAUGUAAAGUUCCUCUUUUCAAGCUUGGUUUGGAAGGUGAGGCAGAAGUGAACAGUGGAAUCAGGUAAUCGUUUUGGGGCGAAAUUUUAGGAUUAAAAGGUGUUGAUAAGUUUUGAAACAUGCAUCAGAACCCAUGGUGAGAGUUACAGAGGAUAGUUGGAAGUUUACAACACAAGUAUUUAAUAUGCAGGGGUUUCAAAACAAGAAAGUUUCAUUGGUUACUUGAUAACAUGUCGCUAGUUGCUCUGGUCGAAAUUAUUACCUUUUGGCCCUUAUUGAACUUUUCACAAUUAUUUUUGCAAAGUCUGACUCCUGCUUCGAAACAUUUUCAAACCCCCGAAUGUGCUCUUAUGGGUCUGAUCAUCACCAGCCUGUUCACAGACCACCUUUUUUCUCUUACAUCAUUAUCUAAGUGGGGAUGAACUAAAGAACACAGAUGCACGGGAAGGUAAAUCACAGCUAAUGAUGAAAAUGAUGCUGGAGGGUGGCUAUAUGCUGUUCUUAUCCCCCAAAGAAAAAACAAAAAGAAGUGGUUUUGGACAGGCUAGAGUAGUAAUACUUAUUUGAAAUUGAAAUGUUUACACACUUCAAUCAUUGAAUGACUGUUUUGAGCUCAAUCAAUUUUUCAUUGUUUGUGAAAGGUUCAGACUUUGGUGGAGAUGGGAUUCUCUAGGCUGGCUGUCCUCCAUGCCCUGACGGCAAGUAACAAUGAUGUCAAUGUGGCCACAAAUAUUCUAUUGUCACAGUCUUAGCCUUGAUCAAGUGUUGUUAGUAGUGGUUCACUACAGCAUCUAGUUCUAUAUGGCGACUGUCUGUCAGAGGAUUUCUGUAAAUACAGUGUAAAUCCAAGAUCAAAAUAUUACAGAUGUAAAAAUCUGCUUUUGAGAGACUCAACAUAAGUUGGUGUAACAUUACUAUUAUGUUACGUGCAUGUUAAUUUUUAAUGUAGAAUAAUUUUAACAGUGGAGGCAAUUGGAAGCUUUAUUAUGCAACUGUGGUACUCUGGAACUACAUGUACAGUAAAAAGGCCAGAA